UUCACUUCUACAAGAGAAGUACAAGAUGAAUCCAGAAAAGUUGAAGCAGCUUCAGGCCCAGGUUGCAAAUGUCAGAAUCGGUGGAAAGGGAACAGCUCGACGAAAGAAGAAGGUCAUUCACAGAACAGCUUCAACAGAUGAUAAAAAACUACAGUCCAGUCUUAAAAAAUUGUCAGUUAACAAUAUUCCCGGAAUUGAGGAAGUUAACAUGAUUAAAGACGACGGCACAGUAAUUCACUUCAACAAUCCUCAGGUUCAGGCAUCUCUAGCAGCCAACACAUUCGCAGUCACAGGGCACGCAGAGAACAAACAAAUAACUGAGAUGCUUCCUGGAAUCCUGAAC